AUGUCUCCUUUUCGAAUGACUGUCGUGAACUUAACAGGAAAGAUAAGUCCUAGUUCACUUUCAUAUAUGUAUAACAAUUACGAAAUAUUAAACGGAUAUCUUUCUCAAAUUUCACAAGAGUUAUUUGGAGCUUUGGAAAGAUCUUUGGCAGGAACCUGGACUGUCUUCUGUGAACAAGAUGCAACGGCAGGCACUAGGGCUCCUGAAUUGAGAGCUUGGAGUGGAUACCAAGUGUGUCAACCCAGUAAUUCUCCUGAGUCAAACCCUCUAAUAAUUAUAUUGAAAGUGAGAUUUAUCAAUCGGCUGAAAAAAUUAGAAUCUAUUUUCAACAUAACUUGGACUGAAAAUUUUGAACAAAAGGAAAAACGGAAAAGAGCAAAAGACGAUGCUGACACAGAAUCUUCUGAACAAUGGAAGAAACAGAGCCGAAUCCUAGAACAAAAAAAGGAUAAUGCGGUGUUCAGAAAUGUUAUCGAUGAUGGUCUCCGUGUUGCUUCGGCACAUGAAAACCUUAUUGCUGGAAUGUUGUGCCCUUUAAAGUCAUCAAAACCUUCCUACGAACAAGGCAAUUGUCGAGAGUCUUCUCCGUCAAGAUAUCGCAUCCCAAAACUUUUCGUUGGUAAUGGACGGCGUAGCCAACUAAAACGUCGUAAAACUUUGAUAAUCCAUAUUAUAUAUAGCUUUGGUGAAGUAAAAAAUCCAAAUUAUGUAACUAAACCACUAAAACCAAGUCGUCAGCCUCCACCAAUACCGUCUCCAAAUAAAGCUUUGCCUCAACCUCCUGAAAUCAUCCUCGAAAGGACAAAAUAUAUCAAUUCCUUCACUUAA